CAAACGUUAAAAAUCAGUUGUAAAUGCGAAGGAGUUCUGUUGUAAUAUUAUAUAGGCGCGUUACAAUGGAAAUAUGUGGAUGUUGUUGUUGGUUAGAUUGAUAGACUCAGUCAGAAUUCGGCUAAAUUAUUCGUGUAAGACUAAGAAGAAGAGUAAGAUUUCACUGUACGAUACUGAUGCCCGAUAAUUCCAGGCGAGCAGUUACUUAAUUUGAAGCGAGUGUGACGCGGCUGGACCCAAAGCAAAGCCAGACGACGGUCGUGCGGAUUCUCUGGCGGCGGCGGCGGCUCUGCUCUGCGCUGCGCUCGCGCGGCCUCGGCACGCGACUCACUCGACUGACGACUCUCGUCUCGUCAGGAGAGACAAGAGGAAGAGCUCGUCGUCGACGUCGAUCUCGACUCGUGCCAAGUCUCCAGAUUUCUUAGUCACUACUCUGAUCUGUACUGUAAUUAAUAAUCAUUUGUACGACUGCGUGUUUUUGGUGAUCACGUGAAGGCGGGGAUUUCCCACGCGGAGCGCUUCGCUUCGGGCGGCACACGCGCGGCGGCGGCGGCGGCCCGCUUUUGUUCCUCCGACUGACUGAGUCACUGACUCUUCUUGUUCUUCUCCUCUCCAUGAUGAUGAUGAUUCGCAUUCCUGUCCGACAUCGAACUGAAUUGUUUCGUUUUCCAUUCAUUGCGGCUCGUCCAGCUUCUCGGACGGCGCGAACCUAAUGAAACUCGUGCGGAGCGCAUUAUUUUAAUCAUUAUUAUUAUUAUUAUUAUUAUUAUUAUAUUAUUAGCCGGAACAGAGCGCGCACUGACGACGUGUCCAACUUCCGAACUUGUUGUUCCCGGCCGCCGGCCUGUGUAGCCGCGUUAGUACUUUCCGGUUUUUCCCUAAGUUCUUCUUCUUCUUCGACUUCUGUUCUGCUCUCCUGGAGCCGAAGGUAGGAGCCAGGGUUCGCGUCGUACCCGUGCAGCUAACGGACGACGCCCGCCGCUGCUGUAUAAUACAGACUAAGGACACGGUGCUAGGAAACUAAGACAAUGCAGAGCACAACCAACUACCUGUGGCUCAUCUCGGACCUUUUGGGGCAGGGCGCCACGGCCAACGUGUACCGCGGAAGGCACAAGAAAACAGGUGACCUAUAUGCUGUCAAGGUAUUCAACAAUCUAAGUUUCUUGCGACCCCUCGAUGUCCAGAUGAGGGAGUUUGAGGUCCUCAAGAAGCUCAACCAUAAGAACAUUGUUAAACUCUUUGCUGUGGAAGAGGAGACAAACACACGCCACAAGGUGCUGGUGAUGGAGUACUGUCCCUGUGGUAGCUUGUACACUGUGUUGGAAGAGGCUUCUAAUGCCUACGGGCUUCCGGAGGAUGAGUUCCUCAUUGUUCUGCAUGACGUGGUGGCAGGUAUGAACCACCUGCGAGAGUAUGGCAUCGUACACCGUGACAUCAAGCCUGGCAACAUCAUGCGGAUGAUUGGGGAAGAUGGACGUUCUGUCUACAAACUGACUGACUUUGGAGCAGCACGUGAAUUGGAGGAUGAUGAGCAGUUUGUCUCCCUUUAUGGCACAGAGGAGUACCUACAUCCAGAUAUGUAUGAGCGGGCUGUGCUCAGGAAAGACCACCAGAAGAAAUACGGGGCCACAGUUGACUUGUGGAGCAUUGGCGUGACCUUCUACCAUGCUGCUACAGGCAGCCUGCCCUUCAGACCCUAUGAGGGACCUCGUAGAAACAAAGAAGUCAUGUAUAAGAUCAUCACAGAGAAGCCUUCAGGAGCAAUUUCUGGCUUGCAGAAGUUUGAGAAUGGCAAGAUUGAGUGGAGCACGGAGAUGCCUGUGUCCUGCAGUCUAUCUAAAGGCCUGCAGAGUCUGUUGACACCGGUGCUGGCCAACAUUCUGGAGGCUGACCAAGAAAAAUGUUGGGGCUUUGACCAGUUCUUUGCUGAGACUAGCGACAUCCUCCACCGUGGUGUCGUGUACGUGUUCAGCUUGCAGCAGGCAACGCUGCAUCACGUUUACAUUCAUGAAUACAACACGGCAACGCUCUUCCAGGAACUGCUGUUCCACAGAACCAACAUCACACCCCCAAACCAGGAACUGCUUUAUGAGGGGCGUCGACUAGUGCUAGACCCCAACUGCCAGGCCAAGACCUUCCCCCGCACCUCACAGGACAACCCCAUCAUGCUGCUAAGCAGGGAGAUGGUGAGCACCGUUGGACUGCUGUUUGAGGAUCCAAGUCCUCCUAAGGUUCAGCCUCGCUAUGAUCUGGACCUGGAUGCCAGUUACGCGAAGACCUUUGCAGGAGAUGUUGGCUACCUCUGGAAAACAGCAGGGAUGCUUCUACUCUAUCAGGAGCUCUUGCGAAAAGGAGUCAGAGGCUUGAUUGAGCUGAUGAAGGAGGACUACAAUGAGACUGUGCACAAGAAGACGGAGGUCAUCCAUAUGUGCAGCUACUGUACUCAGACACUUGAAAAAACUGAACAGCUAUGUGAGGUCUUAACACGGGUGACUGUGCUGUCAUUGGAAUACAACGAAAUCUUGGAGAUGCGAAAGAAGGUCAUCAGACUUUCCAGUUCCCUGGGGUCUGUGGAACAGACGCUGCAGGAGAUAAAGAACAAGUUUAUGUCAGGGGGACUCCUCACUGACCUGUGGACACAGCAAGUGGGAACCCACCCUGAGGACAGGAAUGUGGAAAAAAUCAAAGUGCUCCUUGAUGCCAUCACAGCCAUCUACCUACAGUUCAAGAAGGACAAGGCAGAUCGGCGCCUACCUUACAACGAAGAGCAGAUCCACAAAUUUGACAAGCAGAAGCUGGUGUACCAUGCCUCCAAAGCCCGUUCGCUGUUCACAGAUGAGUGUGCCAUGAAGUACCGUCUCUUCAUCUCUAAGAGCGAGGAGUGGAUGAGAAAGGUGCACCAUGUGAGAAAGCAGCUUCUCAAUGUGACUAACCAGCUCAUUAACAUCGAACAGGAAGUAUCGGUACUGGUUCAACGAGUCUAUACGUUUCAAGAACAGCUCCCUCAGAAAAUCAUUCCUGUGGCAUCCAGUGGGAUCAAACCUCAGGUUUACCUCAGCCAGAAUACCUUGGUGGAGAUGACACUUGGGAUGAGAAAACUGAAGGAGGAGAUGGAGGGUGUGGUGAAAGAGUUGGCUGAGAACAACCAUUUUUUGGAGAGAUUUGGCUCACUGACACUGGAUGGUGGACUUCGAAACGUGGACCGUAUUUGAUACGGCAUUGCCAUCUGCAGAUUCAAUCAAAGCACUUGUUUUCCUCAUGUGAAGAACUUUUUCUUGUACUCAUUUGAUAUAUUAUCAGUUGUAUAUAAACUGUAAAUAUACAUGUUUAGAGUUGCUUGUAUUUAAUUUUAUGCCUAUCAGUUUGUUUAGGCUUUCAUGGCUUGUUGUACAGGUCAUUGUAUGUGUCCCCCCUCAAACACAUGGAAGGACUAGAGAUUAUCUGCAAGGGACACCACUGUAUUAACCACUUAUCUUUGACACUGGGAAGCAUUAUUCUUUAUCAGUGUGUUUGGCACAGAAAGCAGCACCGUAGCAGACUUGAAGACUCCCUCUGUCAGAGGUCAUCGUCUGCUGUAUGUUUCCGUUCAACUCAGAACAAUGUAGGAAGAAGUACAUUUGAGCACAAGGGAUCUUUUUCUGAUUUUAGUAGUAUUUCAUUAAGCAUAAAGUUUUUGUUAAUUCACCAGGAAUAUGGAGAUUUUCUCCCCUGAAAAUGCAAAAAUGUAAAAGCCAAUAAUCAGGAACGUGUAGUUUUGAUUAAAAUAGGUAUCACUGGUCUCCAAUCCAAUGUCAUGUGCAAGUAUUGGGUUUUUUAUUGUACCAGCCAAAUCUUUUAUGUUAAAGAGCCAAAAACACAACCAAGCUCAUGGAUGCCAUUUGUUAAACUGAGCCCGUUCCCCGAAACACUUCGGGGAUCACGUGACUGCAAUAUAAAGCAGUUGCAUGCCUAACGGUCCUGCAGGAUGGUUGUCUUAAACGUGGCAGUUUUGGUGAGUUUUCUGCAAAGCUGUGUGAGGGCUCUUUGUUUUAAAGGAGUUAAUAUUGUGUGUUUUUUGGAAAAACACAUUGAUGAUGUCUUGUUCGUUGGUACCCUUCCAUACUUUUUUUAUUUGUUGGGCUCUUAAAUAGGCUUGAGUAAGCAGUUUAGUAUAUUCUGAAUGCAAGUUGGCAAGUUUUUUUUUUUUUUCUUUUUUUUUU